UUUGUUCAUCAGUUUUACGCCGGGUUCCGUUUCGAUCGGAAGUUUUUCCUGUAUAGUUGUCGUUGAUAUCGUCGUGGAGAGUGUUUUUAGAAGAUUUGGGGGGCAAAGUGCAUCCCAGUUCUUAAACAGCUCCAAGAUUCCCACCUUAGUUUUGAGUAUUGGUGACGCACGGAAAGAAAUCGCGCGCACCAAUUGUGUCACUUGAUUUGGGCUCAAGGAUAGAGGAAUCCUUCUAUGAGGAAUUAGAGGGAGUGAGUGCAGUGCGGUUCGGCGGUGAUUUGUACGAGAAAAAAUCGAUUAGGACUGUCGUGUAGAGAGGUGAAGCGAGAAGCAGCUCAAUUAUCGAUCGAUCGUUCGUGGUGCGUGGGAAGUGCUCAUUCUGAAAAAUGAAACAUAUUAAGUGAAAUUAAAUAAUUGGACCAAUCGAGUGGAAAAACGCCAACGCGCGCCGUGUGUGUGAGUGUUUCGCUCGAUGUUUUGCCCGAGUAACGAAACGCUGCAAAACCUGACGGAGAAAACGAAACUUCUAGCGCAGAAAUGUUCCCAGCAGAUCCGGGUGGCAAGCUCCGGUGCAGGUGGUGUUGGUGGUGGUGGAUCGGACUCUUCCGAAGCAACGGAUUUGCAACCACUACAGCAGCCGGCUGUCAAGAACCGAACGGAGACCGUACAGUCCCAGCAUAGUAUCGUAAGUUCUGGCCGUGAGCUAGGCUCAAAAUCGCUGAGAUGUCUUUGUCCGUGCAAAGGAACGCUGAGUAAGAUCAUCGCCAAGAAGGUCGGCGUGGCGGUCGGGCGGGAGCCUCAGCGAAGGACGUCCACCACCCGGUGGUACGUAAAGCAGCCCACCUGGCGACUAUGGGGCGAGGAGCGCGAGGAGGACGCCAUCUAUACCGUCUACUUGAAGAAGGUCCGCUACCACCGGCCGACACCGAGUGCCAGCAGCCAAGACUCUGACGAUGAAAUAUCGCACCUGGAAUGGGAAACCGUGCGAGUUCGGUUCGUAAAGGCAGCCACCCUCUCGCGACUAGUGGACGCCCUGACGACGGAUGACGGAGAAUUGGAGAGUACCUUUGUGAAUGUGUUCCUUACCACGUACCGAACAUUUGCCCAGCCGGAGAAAGUUCUGGAAUUGCUGCUGAACCGGUACGAGAAGUUACAUUCGGAACCAACGGCACUAUUGCCCUCGGAAGCGCUGAACGAUCAGCACAAGAAAACUCUAGUCUCUGUUCUGCACGUUUGGCUGGAUGGAUUCCCCGAAGACUGGGACACGGAAAACUUGCAAAGGCUUCUGGCGUUCACAUCGAAGCGGUUGCCAAAUUCAGAAAUACACGUAAAAGCUUUACAUAGGUAUACAAAUAGGCUAGACAAGUACAGUAGAAUACCCCCGCCAUUGCCAUGGUCCAGCGAUUACCAUGACCUGACCGACCAGUUUGGUGGGCUGUGUUUACAACCUGCCUUCCGGGGGCCACCUUCGCAUCUGCUGAACUCGUACCGAUUCCCCAACAUCCCCGUAAAGCACUUUGCCGAACAGCUGACCCGAAUGGAUAUGGAACUGUUCAAGCGGUUGAUACCGCACCAGUGUCUAGGUGCGAUCUGGUCCAACAGGGACAAGCACGAGUGCGGAUCGGUACUCGCCACCGUUACCCAGUUCAAUGCGGUAUCCUUCCGGGUGAUAUCCAGUGUGCUAAUCGAACCGCGGCUGAAACCGCAGGAACGAGCCCUUCUCAUAUCCACUUGGAUUGACAUUGCACAGGAGCUUCGACUGUUGAAAAACUUCUCCUCCUUGAAGGCGAUCAUCUCAGGGCUGCAGUCAAACGCCGUCUAUCGACUGUCGAAAACCUGGGCCGUGUUGCCUCGAGAAAAACUUGAACUCUACACCGAAUUGGCUCGGAUAUUUUCCGAGGACAAUAAUGCCUGGGCCCAGCGGGAAGUGCUGAUGCGGGAAGGUACUGCCAAGUUUGCCGAUACGGUAGGCGAGAACGACCGGCAUCUGCAGAAGGUAUUUCAGAAGCAGAACACGUUAAUUAGCCAUGGAACCAUCCCUUAUCUGGGGACAUUCCUGACUGACCUGACGAUGAUUCAUGCUGCCAUCCCCGAUACGCUACAGGAUGGGUUGAUCAAUUUUGACAAGCGACGGAAGGAGUUCGAGGUGCUAGCUCAGAUUAAACUGCUACAAGGUGCUGCCAAUACAUAUCAUCUGCCAGAGGAUGCUCUGUUCGAUCGGUGGUUUGCCUCGCUGCUGGUCCUAGACGAACGGGAAGCGCAUACAUUGAGCUGUCAGUUGGAACCGAUGCCGGAGAUGACCAAACGUCCCAGCCACCAGGGACACAAAAAGAGCGAUUCGAUCGCAUCCAACAGCAGUAGUGGGGCUGGUUCUCAAUUCUACUGUGAUAUCAAUAGUGCGUCCAAUCAGAGCUACAGCUCCCGUAACAAUUCGCUAGAUCGGGACGUCACACCGCCGAACGCUUCGAUACUGUCGGCGGCCAGUAGCGUAUCGUCUCUCUCGAUGGAAUCGACUAAUUCGAGUAGUCAGAAAUCGAAUCACCUUAACGGUAGCGCUAUCCGAACGCCUCAAUCAAACCGAGAACGAAACACUACGGUAAACUCGGUCUCCAAGGGGCACAACAACGGAUUGGAUGCCCCCAUCAUCAACGGGCAGCUGAAGGACGAUUCGCCACUGAAGAAGAGCUCACCGGAUUUUUACAUUAUUAAAGUUACCUACGAAACGGAACAUGUCGAGCUGGACGGAAUUGUGCUUUAUAAAAGCAUUAUGCUGGGGAACAACGAGCGAACACCGCAGGUCAUCCGAAAUGCGAUGCUAAAGCUCGGGCUGGAGGGCGAUCCGGAUAAGUAUACGCUGGCGCAGGUGCUACCCGACAAGGAACUGCUGCUGCCGAACAACGCCAACGUGUAUUACGCGGUCAACACGGCUUACAAUCUAAACUUUAUCCUGAGGCCAAAAAAGGACGCGGAUAGUGGACGAUAGAGAACGAUUAGAAAUCGAGGGACAAUUUAUAUUGUAAAUAUAUUUAUUCGAGCAGGAAUAUUUUCCCCACAUUUGAACGAGAAAUCUCUUUGAAGAACUUACUGAUAUUAUCGCAACGUUAUAUUUAACGGCAUGCUGAUUUUUUCUAGUGUAGAUAAACUGUAUAAAAAAGUUGUGACACGAAGGGAUCUUGAAAGUCGAUUAUACAAGAAAGCAUAUUUUAGCCGCGUUAAACGUAUUAAGUUUUAGAGGACCAUAAUCUAUCAAUGAUAACAAAAUAGACUAUAGUAGCAGCUUGGUUGGAUGUUCAUCCAAGUUUGGACUUAAUUCAAAACUGCACUGACAACAAAUAGAGCUUUUCAGGAUUCAGGAAUAACCACUAUUGGAAUUGAAAAUAAUCUGUUUAGCGAAUAACAAAACGAAUAGUAUUGUGCGUUGUUGAUAACAGAAGUUGGCAGACUAAUCUACAAUACUUUAAGUGAAGAUAGUGCUGGAAAUAAAAACAAGAUAAAAUUAGUCUAUUGAA